AUGGAACAAACGCUGGUUGUUGUGAAGUAUCUUCCCGCUUUUCAUUUCCUUCAUAAUCCCACUGUACAAGGGACGUUUAUUUUUCUUGUAGCAGCUUCACUCAUUUCCACAUUUGUUGCUCUAGCUUUUCUGUUCUCAUCAACUAAAGAGACGAAAUGGCCUCCAUCUCCACCAAGGCUGCCAUUAUUAGGCAACUUGCAUCAGCUAAGUAAGGGUGGAAAUCUUCUUUCCACCUUGACAGACAUGGCCAAAACAUAUGGUCCUGUCAUCACAGUUUGGAUGGGCCCAUCGCCACUUAUAGUCCUCACCGGCCAAUCUUCAAUCUGGGAGGCCCUGGUUAACCAGGCCACCAAUUUUUCUGGUCGACCGUCACCCUACUCUAGGCAAUUUACCAGUGCCUCUUUCAGGACUAUGACUAGUUCUCCCUACAACGAGCACUGGACUAAGCUCAGAAAGGUUCUGCACAACAAUGUUCUCAGCCCCGUCCACGUUGCACUUCAAAGCCCUUCUCACCAGGAAGCUGCGAAUAAACUCAUCAAGAAACUAGAAAAAGAGAUGAAAGAGAAGAAUAGUGUGGUGAGGCCCUUUCAUUCCUUCAAAAUGAUGGGGAUGAGUUUUAUGGCCCACUUAUGCUUUGGCUUGGACUUUCGAGACGAGAUUUUCUUGUCUAAGCUGGAAGAAUUCAUAGAAGAAGAUAUUAAUCUGACUAAAGAUGCAGAUGUGUUUCUGGAUUCAUUUCCUCCUGCUCGUUUCUUUGUUCCUUCAUCAAUCAGAACGGAAAGAAAAUGGAAGUCUCUGAGAGCUGAUGUUCUGCGUCUUCUGGUGCCUUUAAUCCGAUUUGCUCGCAGUUAG